GUCCUUCACCUUUUAAAGCGCCAAAAUGGCGACUGGAUACGCGUUUGGUGCUGGUCAAACUGGUUCGGCUACAGGAGGAUUUAACUUUGGUGCCAACCCUGCAACAACAACUACUGCGGUAACUGGAAUAUCAUUUGGACAACCUACAGCAUCUGGCUUUGGCUUCCGAGCCACUGCUGCCCGGACCACAGCAACAGGAGUCACACUCGGAACUACCACCCAGGCCACUGGGAGUGGGUUUUCACUCGGUGGGACUGUGGGUUUCCCAGGGACACUGGGGGGUACAACUGCUACCACCUCUGCCCCAUCACUAGGGGCAUCCGGAGGCUUCUCCCUUACUGUUCCUGGGGCAACAGCAACAACAACGGCAACUGUUCCUGCUUUGGGAGGAGCAGGCACAAGUGCUCCAGGUGGAUUCAGCUUUGGCCUUGGGGCAACAACAACAGCUGCAGCAACAACUACUGUCACAGCUCCAGCUACUGGUCUCGGCCUAGCUACUGGUAUUGGGGCAGCUUCUGCUGGCGGCUUCAAUUUUGGCAAACCAACCGGUGUGGCACCAACUCUAGGGAAGCCAGUUGGGGCCCUUGCUGUGGAUGCUGCUCCAUUUAAUACAAGUCAAAAGUUUGGUGGUGGGGGACUGACCACGACUACAACAGCCAGCUCUGGUCUGGGCUUGUUCGGGCCCACUGCUGCAGCUGCCACUGCAGCUCCGGCCAGCAUCUUCUCUGCUGCAACUACAACAACAGCAACGGUUGGCCUUGGAGGUGUUGAUCCCAAAACAUCAACUGCAUCUGGAGGAACGAGUGGCACAGCCGGGAAAACCAGUGAUGGCAAGGCAGUGAAAGAGACCCAAAUGCCAGCAAUGCUAGUGGAAACUGUCACUGUGUUCCAGAAGUAUGUGAAGGAUGAGAAGACAGUACGGGAGGACAUUGCACGUAUGUCCACCAAGCCCAUGCUUAAGGUGCAGGAGGAUGUUGCUGCACUCAAGCAGUUGCUCUCUGUCGUCUCCAAUGGGCUCCAGAGAAAUGCCUGUGCUGUGGACAAACUCAAGAAAGAAAUGGCACACGAGCUGAAGAAUGCUGAGAUGGCCCAGAGGACCAAGGACAUCCCUCCAGGACUCCAGUAUGAGAACACAGCACCAACCAUCUACUUCCAGCAGCUGGUGGAAGAGUUUGAAGGAAGAAUGAUCACGUACCGACAGCAGAUUGAGACUCUGGAGAACCAUCUGGCGGCCCUACACCAGCCCACCAGACACUCUCCAGCUGAAUUGAUAGCUCUGAUGAAGAAGCUGCACGAAACCUUCAUUGCCCUCGCUGCUCAACUUCAUCAGGUCAAUGAGGCUGUUAAGACACAAAAGGAGCACUACUUGAACUAUAGAAAGAUCUUCCAUGGAGACACCAAGAAUAUUUUUGAGAAACAACAGAAAGCUCCUGUGACCGUUCCACCUGCCCGUACACUGGACCCGGCUGGUCCCACGCCGUUCACAGGGAUGACCAACGCUGCUGCUGCCGCCAUGGCCUCUGUCCUUAAUAGAUCACAGCAACCAGCAGGUGCCCCUCCUGUAGUAGGACUGAGUACUGGUACACUAGGUGGGGCUGCUAGUGGACUAGGAACAUCAACACUGGGGACUUCAGGCGGACUGUUUGGGGGCACAGGUCUUAAUUCUACAACAGGUAUGAAGGCCAAUGUAUGCUCCAAUAUACUUGCUUCUCUGCUGUAACAAAGGCUAUGCUUUCUCUAACUGGUGGUGGGUAAAACGCAGGGAUGAAACUGUUCAUAUACAUAUAUUCUUUUCCUACCGCAGGAUGGUGGAUUUGAAAAGUACCAGAGUGAUAUCUGGAGAUCUUCAAAACUGGUUAUUG